CCGAUAUCGAACGAGACGCUGCUGAAGAUCGUCCUCUCGCAGGUCCCGGACCGGGAAGUCAACGAGCUCGUGUGGGAGGCGCUCGGGUACGUGAAGAGCAUCGAGCUCGACAUGGAGACGCUCGAGGGCGAGGAGGUGUGGUCGCCAGACAACGUCUUCCCGAAGUGGAAGGCGGCGUACCCGGAGCCGCCCGAUGUCAUCGGCGUGCGGAGGAAGUACUGGCAGGAGAUCGACGCGCCCGUCAAAGCCGCGUGCGCGGCGCUCACGAGGUCCGUCGCGGAGGAGCACAAGGCGGGGAUCAAGACGACGCUGCGGCACUACGGGUGGAAGGGGUUUCGCAUGGACGGGUUGACGCCGAACAUGACGCGACGCGCGCAGGUGGCGAACUGGCUGCUGUACUACCGACGCGAGCUGCGGGGC